AUGUCUGGCAAUCCCUUCCAACCCUUGGCGGCUCAUCUGCAGACGCCGACAUCCCGGAGGCUGUCCAAUACCCCGGGCUCAAGCUCGACAGCACCGCCGCCGCCAGCGACACCCUCAAGCAAUGCGAACGGGAAUGAUCAGAACGGACAGCAGCCGCAGCCUCGUCGGCGAAAGAACCAUCGCGGCGGUGCAAAGAAGAAGCGCAAUCGGCGCAAGUCAUUCGCCGUCCUGGCUGAGGAGUCUCACGACGAAGCUCCGGCCCCUGCACCUGAGAGAGACGGCUUCUACCGCCAGCGCACAAAUCUAAGUAACACGAGUAUUGAUAGCCAGGAACUCUUAGAUCAUAGAGAUCAUCCACAGCCACUCCGACCUCGCAGGCCCUCCAUUAUGAACAACUCGGCCCCGUUUCCCGCCACGACGACGACGACGACGCCCCAAACCGGCAGCAGACUGCGCAACGCUUAUGUAGGAGACAGCGGCGACGAUGACGGCUCGUGGGAUGAGGGUGCCCCUCUAUUGUCCAGGUCCAUUCAGCGAUCUUCCACAGCACCAAUGUUCCCCAGCUACGGUUCCAGCGAUCCUCGCCAGCGAGUGAGUCGACGCGGAUCCAGCAGGUCCUCGAGGACGAAGCUUGCAACCCCUUUCCAAGACAACUACAAUGUCAACUAUCCGCCGUCUAUGCCCGGGUCGCCGACGUUCCGACCGUCUGACCCGCUGAAUAUGAGCUUUGGGGAUGUCAUGAUCCACGAUAACGAGAUCGACAUCCGUACAUCGCCGCGCGGGAGCCCAAGAAACAGCAUUGGGUCGCACGACGAUAGAGAUGCUCAUAAUCACUCGUCGCCUGAUCUAGCACGGAGGAACACCAUUGCCUUGACAGCCGAGGAGGAUGUUUGUUUCCCGAGCGGGAUUUCCGACAUUGGUGACGAGGAAGGCCACUCUCAGGACCCAGCCGCCAAACAGCGUCCGAGGCGUCGUCGCCGUCGCUGGCCCGAUCUGGGUAUUCUGGAGGAAUGGAGCCGGUUCGAAAAGGAGGGACGCAGCGACGAAAGACGCGCCAAACGUAUUACUGAGCCUCAGCUGAUCAACGGCCGGCUCCGGCCAAUUACCCGGGAGUGGUAUCGUGCCGAGGAAGACGCGCCCUAUCGUUUCACGUAUUUCAACGAAGAGUUCCAGAGCACCAUCCACAGUCAAACGAUCUCGGAGCUUGUGCAGCCUGGUGGUAACUUCCAGGAGUUGUUCAUCCCGGACCCGCGUAUUCUCUCUGAGGAUGAGAGCACGGAUAGUGAAGAUGACGGCGGUCUACCACCACUAACAACGCAUCACUCUCACACCGGGCAAAAUGGGGAGUCUAGAGCUCCUACACGGCAGCCUUCACUUGCAAAUACUCAAACCGAACAAGAGAGAAGAGACGGUAUCAAGUCUCCUGACAAGACCUCAGGCGAUAGCUCUCGCGCUGGAUCUAUCCGUACGCCCACCGGUAUCAGAUCGCCGGUCGUCGGCAACCAGACGACACAAACACCAGAGCUGCUCGUCAACGCACCAAGGUAUGGCGAGAGACCCGUGUGGUGGCUGGAUGUGCUCUCUCCAACAGAAGCGGAGAUGAAGGUCUUGUCCAAGGCUUUUGGUAUCCACCCGCUUACCGCUGAAGAUAUCAUGGUCCAGGAGGCGCGAGAAAAGGUGGAACUGUUCCGCCAUUAUUACUUUGUCAGCUACCGAUCCUUUGAUCAAGAUCAGAACAGCGAGGACUACCUGGAGCCAGUCAACAUGUAUGUCAUCGUCUUCCGCGAGGGUGUCAUCAGCUUCCAUUUCUCUAUGACACCACACCCCGCCAAUGUCCGCCGACGUAUUCGCCAGCUGAGGGAUUACCUCAUUGUCAACUCCGAUUGGAUUUCCUACGCGAUUAUUGACGACAUCACCGACGUAUUUGUGCCGUUGAUUCAAAACAUUGAGGAUGAGGUCGACGACAUUGACGACGAGAUCUUGAGGCUCCAUUCUUCCAACGGCAACUCCAAGAGCAACGUUUUCGACGAAAAGGCCAGUAACGCAGGAACGACCGUAGGAUCCGAAGGCGAUAUGCUUCGCCGAGUGGGCGACUGUCGUAAACGUGUGAUGAGCUUGUACCGUCUGCUUGGCAACAAGGCAGACGUCAUUAAGGGCUUUGCGAAGCGCUGCAAUGAACGCUGGGAUGUCGCCCCGAAGUCCGAUAUCGGAUUGUACCUGGGCGAUAUUCAGGAUCAUAUCGUGACCAUGACGUCCAAUCUCAGUCAUUAUGAAAAAAUUCUUGCCCGGUCUCAUGGCAACUACCUGGCGCAAAUUAACAUUCGCAUGAACGAACGACAGGAGCAGACGGCCGAUGUCCUCGGCAAGCUGACCGUGCUCGGUACCAUUGUCCUUCCCAUGAACAUUAUCACUGGUUUGUGGGGUAUGAACGUCUGGGUUCCCGGGCAGGAGUACGAGGGAGACUUGAAAUGGUUCUGGGCUAUUACUGCAGGUCUUUUAGCAUUUGGCAUGGGUUGCUACUUGAUUGCAAAGCGGGUUUAUAACAUUGUCUAA